AUUAUUGUCAACUUUUUAUAUCGAAAUAUUUAGUUUUGAUCAAAAAUUUUGCAUUUCUUUUUAAAAUUUUUCACAAAAUGUCCGAAUAUUGGUUGAUCUCAGUUCCUGGCGAUAACAAGGAAGGCCUUUCGUCCUGGGAUCGAUUAAAAACACAGAUAGGAUCGUUGUCGAACAUUUGGAAAUUUCACAUUCCCUCAGAUUUGAAGGUUGGGACGUUAGAUACUUUGAUCGGUCUUUCAGAUGAAUUACACAAGCUGGAUAUAUUUGUUGAAGGGAUCACCAAGAAAGUUGCAAGCUAUAUGGUAGAAAUUGCUAAUGAAACUGAAGAUGGAUCACGACCUAAAUUAAAAGCCAAUGGAUGUGAACUAAAUCAUUAUACGACAAACUUCCAAUGGGAUGUUGCAAAGUAUCCAUUAAACAAACAAACAACACUACGAAAUAUUGCUGAAAUCAUUGGAAAGCAAGUCACUCAAAUUGACAAUGACCUGAAGACUAAAGCUACAGCUUACAACAGUGUGAAAACUAGCCUCGCUAGUCUGGAGCGAAAAGCGACGGGUCCGCUGAUCACAAGAAACCUUGGAGAUAUUGUAAAGAGAGAAAACUUCAUCUUAGAUUCGGAAUACUUAACAACGUUAUUAGUUAUUGUACCAUGCAAUAUUGAGGAAGAAUGGAAGAAGAAGUACUGGAAGCUUUGCGAUAUGGUUGUACCAAACUCCACUGAGAAACUCUACACUGAUGGCGACUUUGCUCUCUACAAUGUCUGCCUCUUUCAAAAAGUAGUUGAAGAAUUCAAACUUCACGCGAGGGAAAAUAAGUUCAUCGUUCGGGAAUUUGUGUACAACGAAGAGGCUCUGGCUGCCGGGAAAAACGAAUUAAACAAGUUGGAAUCUGAUAAAAAGAAACAGUUGGGUCCGUUGAAACGAUGGCUUCACGUGAACUUUGGCGAGGCCUUUACCGCCUGGAUUCAUGUCAAGGCACUGCGGCUUUUUGUCGAAUCAGUUCUGCGUUAUGGCCUUCCGGUGAAUUUCCAAGCAAUGAUUUUGGAGCCACAAAAGAAAAUGCAGAAGAAAAUACGAGAUAUUCUUUAUGGCUUAUAUUCUCAUUUGGAUAAUCAGAUCAACGACUCUAAAGGCGAGCAUGUAGAUAUACCUGGACUAACACUUGGUCCUAAAGAAUAUUACCCCUAUGUCUGGUUCCAGCUGAAGAUCAAUAUCCUUGAGAGCCGUCCGCUCUAGUGAUCCUGGAACUGAAAUAGACCAAGAUCAUGUCCUGCGAAAGAUUUUACACGAUUUUUAAAAGCCAGAAAGCAGCGAUGAUGAAAAUUUUCUGAAAGGAAUUGUUUCACUCUGAUGCAUCAUUCGCGACGAGUCUUACUAAAUUUGAGCUUUUAAUGACGUGAAUGUCAUAGCAAUUAUUUUAAAAAACCGGUUGUAGAACCCGGCAAAAAUCAGUUAUAUUUUACACACAGACUUAGAAGUGAAAAAAAGGUUUUUAUGAUCCAGCUAUGCCAAAUUUUGAUCAAAGUAAGCAAAAUGAAAUCCAAUAUCCACAUGUAGCCGGAACUAGCAUUUUUUCUUUAAAGGUAAAGAUGCAUGCUCUAUUAUGGAGUUUGAUUUCGUACCUCCUGCAUAAAAGGUAGUCUAUUAGCUGAAACAUGCAACCAUCGCGCAUAACGCUGUCGAGGGAACUCAGGUAUGACCGAAUGACAAAUGAAAUAGGCUAAAACAUAACUAUGAUAAUUUAACUGCUAGUAUUUUAAUGGAAGAAGUUACAAAAUUCAUGUACAAAAGCUAAAUUAACAAACGAUGAAAAAAUAAAAU